CCUCUCAACCAAAAUUUCCUCCAUCUUGUGCAUGACUUAUCCAAACUUUUAAAUUUCCACGCACCAACCACUCAAUCAUCUUCUCUCAAUGCCCCAAACUACCCUCUAAAACAACCAACCACACACAUUCUAUACUCCAUUUUCUACCAUUUUCCCAUCUUGCAAACCCUCAACUUCCAUAAAAGUUUCUCCAUAACACAAUCUGUGAAAAAAGGGGAAAGCUCAUAGAUUUACUCUGAUUUCUUCAUGGAAUCAAAAACUGCUGCUUUGGAUCAACCCCUUCAUCUAAUGGGCUUUGAAAUCGAAGAACUAUCACCGCAAAAAAUCUCUGGCCGUCUCCCUGUCACCCACAAGUGCUGCCAGCCAUUUAAGGUGCUUCAUGGAGGGGUUUCAGCAUUGAUAGCAGAGUCUUUGGCAAGCAUGGGAGCACACAUGGCUUCUGGGUAUAAAAGAGUGGCUGGAAUUCAACUCAGCAUAAACCAUUUGAAACGAGCUGAGAUUGGUGACUUGGUGCACGCAGAAGCUAAACCUUUAAACGUUGGCAAAACAAUUCAGGUAUGGGAGGUGAUACUAUGGAAGAUUGAUCCUUCAGACGCACAAAAAAGAUCCUUGGUCUCAUCUUCUAGAGUAACUCUAGUAACCAAUAUGCCUGUCCCAGUUCAUGCAAAAGAUGCUGCUGAACCGUUAAAGAAGUUUGCAAAACUGUAAACAAAUUCAUCACAUUUUUAUUAGGUCAAAUUCAAAUUCUGCUUGAAUAACAAAGGUCUAAAUGUUUACGUAUCUAA